AUGUCCUCAAGUCUUUCAUUCAAUCAAGGCGUCAAACUCGUUAUUCCGCAUCUCACAGCCGAUAAGUCAUCGUUGUCGCUCCUUUUCGUAUUGCUGCGUCAACGAGGAGGAUCAUUAGGCACAAGUGGUUUGAAGGAGGUACCACAGAAAAGCGAAUUGGCUAUAGUCACCUCAGAAUCACAACCGUCAUCUUCAAUUCGUCGCAAGUCACAAUCGUCGCCAGCGUCGCCGCGACAGCAAAUGGCGGACGGAUUGUCGCCUGCGGACGAAUGUGUCGGUCGCGCCGCGACGCCGUCUCAACAAGAAGGCGGUGGCAUGUGUUUGCGUAGACUGUGCAACCAUGUAAACGAUUCAAGCCUGAAUCACCCGGAGAAGCACGAAAAAAUAGCAUUACCACGGAUUAUUUGGAACCUCCCUCUGAUGGCUCGUGCUACGUCGACCGUUUACCCGAUGAAAUAG